AUGGCCUCUGCGCCGGCAAACGUGAGAGUCUCGGGCCCUCCAAACAGCAGCUUUCUCGUGGGCUAUCCCGGCAUCUCGGCGACAUUGCCGCGAAUCGAGGGAAAGGUCGAGAUUCGGCCCGGCCAUGGGUUCUCCAUGCCCGUCCCAAUAUCACUAGUAAGGAUAUGCUUACAAAGGCGCGAAACGAUCCACCCCGAUGCCGAUAGCCUAACGAAGCGUCAUCUUGGUACCCCCCGAAAAGAGACGACAGAUGUAGUCGGCAAGGAGGUGCUGCUGUUCCGCUGCGCGACUGGGAAGGAGGCCGAGAGCGUCAUGGCCAUGGAUCUGCCGUUUGUGCUGUUUAUCCCCUUUGGGCGCGGAGGAGAAGAGACGAACAGGAGGAUACCGCCCGCCUCCCUCCAACUUCCUAGCCGGACGGCGGAGACGUUUUACGAGCUUGUGGUUACAGUACAGCAAGGCCACAGCAGCCAAUACAAGUACGGCUUCCCGGUGCCCCUGCAGCGCUACGACACCCUGUCUACCUUUGGCAUGUACAACAAGCCCGAAACGAAGCUCGUCACGUCGGACAAUGUCAUUCACCUGGGCAUCAACCUCCCUCGAUGGAGCUACGGCCCAGGAGACCCCAUAACCAUCUACAUCAAGCUGUCGCCCAACCCCGACUGGCUAAGCAAGGCCAAAAGAGUGAGCAUAGAAAAGAUCAACCUGACGAUUGAGGAGGAAGUCACGUACAACCCCGAAGGAGACGAGCCUGUCAAAAAGGUCAACAAGUUGUCGAAACAGGUUCAGGUGGUCAAGAUGAAAAUACCCGAGGCCGGCUACGCCACAAACAUCGGGCUCGUGUUUCCUUCAAAAGACCUGAGAGAUGCCGAUGGUGUGGUAAAGAGAGGCAAGCCGGCAUUUCCCAUGUACGAGGUGUCAUCGUUUACGACCACGUCCUCGCUCUACAAGAUUGAGUUUUACCUGAAUAUCAAGGUACAAUUAAGCGGUGCUCGCGAUGUUGCCUUGCGCCAGCCGGUUGUCAUAUGUCCUCUUGAUCAGCAAGCAUGCAAGGAAGAAAUGGACGCGAUAGAGCAAGCUGCCAAGGACGCAUCUCGCGUCGACCCCAACAACCCCAUGUUACCUGCCAGAACCAUCAUUUUGGCCAACGACCGAGACGCUCUUCGCGUACUGGGGCUGUGUACGGUGGGGGGUCAUAAGAAGCCGUUUAUCGACUAG